AUGGCGCCCGAAUCGAGGUCGCCGAGUCUGAAGGCCAGCGAAUUGCUCUCCGACCAGCCUCUUAAAGAAGACGCCGAAACUACCGCGGCGAGAGAGGAGCUCCGAAAUACCAGUAUUUCCGAGGCGGAUGAGGUUGUGCGGCGUCCUAGCACCCCCGACCGAAACUCAGUGCACCUGCAGACAAGCCCACGAGAUCAAAUCUCAUCGCCAAAGAAGAAAAGAGCGCACGAUCAACUAGAGGCAAACGAACCUUCUGGGACUGCCGAAGCAGAUGUCGGGGGUGAUAAUCAGGAUUAUCCCUUCGAGCCCGAUAAGAAACGCCAUCGGGAUGAACAAUCCCCUCCUGGCAAUAUAGCCGACGCUGCGAACGAUGGACAUGCAAGAGGACCACUAGCCGGUUCCAAGAUACCAAGGGCUCCCGAGAAUCGUGUAGAUGUCGGUAACAAAAUCCGCGCGCAGGCCAAUGGACCCUCAGCAUCAUCAUCCUCCGCCUUUGCCAACUCCGGUUUCUCAAAGCUAAGCUCAACAACGUCUCCGUUUGGUGCAUUGGGUGCGUCCUUUCAAGGAUCUUCAUUUGGUGCCACAGCUCCCAAGUCAUCAUUUGCGAGUUUUGGCGGUAGUAAGCCUAGCCUUAGCUUUUCCCAGGCGAGCAACUCCUCACCGUUCCUGACCCUGGCUUCAACGAGCUCAAACGGGGCUGGGGCUUCAUUCAAAUCUCCUUUUUCCACAGGCAUGUCGGGAAAGCUCACUUCCUUUGCUGGUUCCGGCGAAUCCUUGAAACAAGGAGGCAAAGCACGGCCUUUUGGAGCUCCAGAUAGCGAUGGGGACGCAGAUGAUAGCGGCAGGACCGAUGACGAUUCGGCAUCCGAUGAGGACAAGAGCACAAAAGCCUCUCCAGAAAGAGACGAAGCCAAGGCACCUGUGGAUGAAAAGAGGAAGCUGAAGCUUCAAAGAGUCGCGGUCGAUGACGGCGAAGCCGGGGAGGCGACUGUCGUCCAAGUCCGCGCAAAGAUGUAUUACAUCGACAAUGAUAAUAAAGAUGUGGGAUGGAAAGAGCGCGGCGCGGGCAUUCUCAAGAUCAAUGUCCCAGCAACCUGUGUCGAUAUGGAUGAGGAUGGUAAUCCCAUUUCUGGCACUUUUGAUGCGUCCCCUCUUGAGGAAGAAGAUGGGGGACAGCCCAAUAGUGAUGCGUUCAAAGAUGAGCGCCGCGAACGCUAA